AACCCGUCAUAUUCCAAGAGGGCGAAGGGGCAGCGAGAAGCCACCAAAUAGGCUGAAUGAUUCAGCCGACACUACAGUGUGUGGGCCUAUUCAAAGUUCAGCCGUGUCUUCUCUCUUUCAUUCUGAUUUCCUCCGUCGGAAGUAGGCUAGCAAUUCACCGAUCACUGUCAGCCUUGUUUUUUAACACUGGACACGCAUGUUGAAAAAAAUUGAAACAUGAUGCAGGCAGACCCAGACCACCACUUUGCUUUCCACCCUAUGGGGGUACCACCUGGCUUAGAGUAUCUUACGCAGAUUGAUCAGAUUUUGAUACAUCAGAAAGUUGAGCUGUUGGAAGCCUUGACUGGCUUUGAGACCAAUAACCAGUACGAGAUUAAGAACAGUAUGGGACAGCUGAUCUACAUAGCCAAAGAGCAGAAUGACUGCUGCACCCGCAACUGCUGUGGUGCCCUGCGUAGCUUCGACCUGAAGAUCGAAGACAACAGCGGCCGGGAGGUCAUCCACCUGGUGCGGCCCUUCCGCUGCUCUGCCUGCUGUUUCCCCUGCUGCUUGCAAGAGAUGGAAGUUCAGUCACCACCGGGAACCACAGUAGGCUACGUGGUUCAGGACUGGCAUCCUUUCCUGCCUAAAUUCUCCAUACUGGGAGCAUCCAAGGAAACGCUAUUAAAGCUUGAUGGACCAUGUAUUGCUUGCAGCUUCUGCAGUGAUGUCUCCUUUGAGCUGAUGGGAAAGGACGGGUCACAAUCGAUCGGACGAAUCAGCAAGCAGUGGAGCGGGCUUGUGAAGGAGAUCUUCACUGACACAGACAACUUUGGAAUUCAGUUUCCCAUAGACCUGGAUGUGAAGAUGAAGGCCGUGCUCAUGGGCGCUUGCUUCCUCAUUGAUUUCAUGUUCUUUGAGCAGGUUGGAAAUAAGAACCAGCAAUCCACUGUUUUUUCAUGACAAAAAGGCAGAUAUGUGAAAGAUUUACAGAAGUGGUAACUAAAUGGUUUCCUCUGUAUAUUUACAGAAAACUGCAAAUGUAUAAUUUCAUUUUAAUUGCAUAAAUAUUUUUUUCUUCCUUCCAAAUCUCACAUCCAGCUUUUCUGUUGUCAUUGUGCAAGCACAUAUGCCAUCAUUCUGCCUUAGCACAGUAUAUGACAUCACUGCCAAGAGCAGUUUGGUUAAUUAUGACAAUUUAUCAUGUCAAUAUUAUCUACUUGUAUUUCACUGCAAAUAAAUGUAAUGGUGGUCUAAGAAAAGGAAACAUAAAAAAUGAAUUGAUAUUUAAUUAUUUAAAAAUAUAGCCUUCCCCCAGAUGGCACUACUGUCCAUUUUUAUCUUUGGGUUGUAAUUAAUCUAUUUUUCUUACUGAGCUAUGGAUUAUGCAAUAAUAUGACCCGAUUUUUCUACAUCCCCUGAUUGAAAGAAUUUAUCUAGCCUGCCCUUGGUGGCCCUUCUCUUCACUGUUUGGUUGUAAUUGUGAUUACCUGUGUAUGUCUUGUCUAGUGCCUUAAGCAAAGCUUAUUCAGCUUAUUGAGCUUCUAUCUGAUGAAACAACAUGUUUUGAACUCGAAUAAAGCAUUUUUCAAUCACU